AUGACCGGCGGUCUCCCUCUAGUAGCUCCAGUAGUGCUUCUUGUUCCCGUGUUGCUUGCAUUGGCAUCAUGGCGAGCCGCCGCCGCAUCGGCCGGAACCGCCGCCGGAGACCGCAUCGGACGGCUGCCAGGGCAGCCGGCCGUGGACUUCCCGAUGUACUCGGGGUAUGUUGCGGUGGACGAGGGCGCCGGCGGGCGAGCGCUGUUCUACUGGCUCCAGGAGGUGCCGCCGGAGGCACAGCCGGCGCCGCUGGUGCUGUGGCUGAACGGCGGGCCAGGGUGCUCGUCAGUGGCGUACGGCGCUUCCGAGGAGCUCGGCGCGUUCCGCAUCCGGCCUGACGGCGCGACGCUAUUCCUCAACGAGGACCGGUGGAACACAGGUGCGUUGUUGCAUGCCGUAGCUUGUUAG